AUGAGUGGUGGCAGUGAGAACCAGACCACCUGGCUGAUCCUGGUGGGCUUUGGGGAGCUGCAGGGCCUGGGCUUCCUCCCUUUCGCCCUCUUUCUAGCCAUCUAUGUGGUAACGGUUGGUGGCAAUCUCCUCAUCGUGCUUGCUGUGGCCUCCAGUCGGGCCCUCCACACACCCAUGUACCUCUUCCUCUGCCACUUCUCGCUGCUAGAGAUCGGCUAUACAUCCAACAUCACGCCUCGCCUGCUGCGGGGCCUCCUGGCAGGCGGGGCCGUCGUCUCAUUGGUCAGCUGCCUACUCCAGUUCUACGUGUUCGCCUCGCUGGCUGCUGCCGAGUGUCUCCUGCUCUCUGCCAUGUCCUAUGACCGUUACUUGGCCAUCUGCCAGCCCCUUCGUUACCCUGUUCUCAUGAGCACCUGGUCCUGUAGCUGCCUGGCCACCGGCGCUUGGCUGGGUGGCUUUCUCUUCUCCGCCUUCACCCUGGCCCUGGCAGCCCCUCUGUCCCUCUGUCCCGGCAGCAGGGUGAUUGAUCACUACUUCUGUGACUUCGCUCCCGUUGUGGGACUGUUCUGUGGGGAGGUGUGGGUCAUGUGGGGAGCUGGAGUCAGCAUCUCGGGCUGCCUUACGCUCGGCCCCUUCUUGUUGAUUGUCACAUCCUACGCGCUCAUCCUGAGGGCUGUGCUGAGAAUACCUGCAGGCCAUGGGAGGCAGAAAGCCUUCUCCACCUGCUCCUCCCACCUCAGCGUGGUUGGAGUGUUUUAUGGCACGCUCAUCGUGGUCUAUGUGGCCCCAACAGACCACAUGCCGCCCUUGCUCCGGAAGGCCUUCUCUGUCCUUUACACUGUGCUCACCCCCUUGGUCAACCCCAUCAUCUACAGUCUCAAGAAUCAGGAAGUAAAAUGGGCUCUGCACAGGCUCUGGACUCAGCUCAUCUGA